GAAGUCCAGUGACCACUAGUGCCAACUGAAUGACGGGACAGAGAAAGAAGAACAAGGCGAAACACGGAAGAAACCUCACCCAUAUCCAACAAGAAUUACAGUGAACACCAUGACAAUGACAAGUACAAAGCCAGCCACAGAAUCAUGUCUCUGUUACUAAAACUUAUGUAAUGAGAAAAACAUAUGUGUGAGAAAAAUUGCUGGUAACACGUGAUCUCAAGAAACAAUCAGUUGCUGACACAAUAGAAACACGUGAUCUCAAGAAACAAUCUGCACUGACACACUGGAAACAGGUGAUCUCAAGAAACAAUCUGCACUGACACACUGGAAACAGGUGAUCUCAAGAAACAAUCUGCAGUGACACGCUGGAAACAGGUGAUCUCAAGAAACAAUCUGCAGUGACACGCUGGAAACAGGUGAUAUCCAGAAACAAUCUGCAGUGACACGCUGGAAACAGGUGAUCUCAAGAAACAAUCUGUUGCUGACACAAUAGAAACAGGUGAUCUCAAGAAACAAUCUGCACUGACACACUGGAAACAGGUGAUCUCAAGAAACAAUCUGCAGUGACACGCUGAAAACAGGUGAUCUCAAGAAACAAUCUGCAGUGACACACUGGAAACAGGUGAUCUCAAGAAACAAUCUGUUGCUGUCAAGCUGGAAACAGGUGAUCUCAAGAAACAAUCUGUUGCUGUCAAGCUGGAAACAGGUGAUCUCAAGAAACACUCUGUUGCCGACACACUGGGAACACGUGAUCUCAAGAAAGCAGUGAGGAGAGUGUGGGAAAACAUUUACAAAAUCAGAUGUCCUUUGAGGUUUUACAAGGGAUUUACUAGAGGACUGAAGGUGAAAAGGAUUUAGUCGAGUAGCCUGCAGACACAUGAGCGGAUGAAUAAUCAUAUCAAGUCUUAUCAAUGUGAUGUGUGUACGAAGACAUUUUCAGAAUCAGGAAGCCUGAAGACACACAUGAGGACUCACACUGGAAUCAAGCCAUUUCAGUGUGUGGUGUGUACGAACACAUAUUCAACAUCAGGAAGCCUGAAGGCACACAUGAGGACUCACAGUGGAAUCAAGCCAUAUCAGUGUGUUGAAUGUGGGAAAAGAUUUACAGAAUCAAGUAACAUGCAGAGACACAUGAUGAUACACAGUGGAAUCAAGCCAUAUCAAUGUGUUGAAUGUGGGAAAAGAUUUACAGAAUCAAGUAACAUGCAGAGACACAUGAUGAGACACAGUGGAAUCAAGCCAUUUCAGUGUGUUGUGUGUACGAACACAUAUUCAACAUCAGGAAACCUGAAGACACACAUGAGGACUCACAGUGGAAUCAAGCCAUAUCAGUGUGUUGAAUGUGGGAAAAGAUUUACAGACGCAAGUAACAUGCAGAAACACAUGAUCAGACACAGUGGACUCAAGCCUUUUAAGUGUGUUGAAUGUGGGAAAAUGUGUCGACGAUCAGCUGACCUGCAAAAACACAUGAGGAUUCACACUGGAAUCAAGCCUUAUCAGUGUGCUGUAUGUGGGAAAAUGUUUCGACAAUCGGGUGACCUGCAAAAACACAUGAGGAUUCACACUGGAAUCAAGCCGUAUCAGUGUGUUGAAUGUGGGAAAAGAUUUACUGAAUCAGGUCACCAUCAGAGACACAUGAUGAUUCACAGUGGAAUCAAGCCUUAUGAGUGUGUUGUAUGUGGGAAAAUGUGUCGACAAUCAGGUAACCUGCAGAAACAUAUGAGGGUUCACACUGGAAUCAAGCCUUAUCAGUGUGUUGAUUGUGGGAAAAGAUAUACACAAUCAGGUGACCUGCAGAAACACAUGAGGAUUCACAGUGGACUCAAGUCUUCCCAGCAUGCACAAUGAUGUUGACUCAAUCAACCACUAGGCUACCCCACCACCCCCAUUUUGUUAAAACCUUCAUUAUUUUGAAGCGUAUAUCCAUGAUAAAACCAUAUUUUUUAAUUGAUUGCUUCAAUAGUCAAAUGGUUUGGUACUAUUUUGUGAUAUGAAAACAAUUAAUAAAAAGACAAGAGCUAUGAAAAGGAACACAAGUAUGGUAAUAUGUUACGUAGAGAAGCAAAUGUCUUUGACGUUGAUGAAACAGAUUUCUUUGUAAGGAGGAAGUGAGUGAGUAUGGUUUUACGCCGCUUUUAGCAGUAUUUAGGCAAUAUCACGGCGGGGGACACC